UCCCCGGCGCUCAGCAGACGCAGCGACAAGUCCGCGGCACGCGCGCGCGACCCGCCGGGGAAAGAGAGAGGGAGGUGGUGAUGGGCGGCGCCGACACCCUCCUCUGGCAGGAGCCAUGGUUCGUCUCCCUGGCCGUCCUCGGCGCACUGUACACAGCGGCUGUCGUGCUACGCCUCCUCUCACACCUCGCCCUCCUCCUGCGCCGGCCGAGGGACCUCCGCCGCCGCUACGGGGCGUGGGCCGUCGUGACCGGCCCCACGUCCGGCAUCGGCCAGUCCAUGGCCCUGGAGCUCGCGCGCUUGGGCCUCAACCUCGUCCUCGUCGGCCGCGACCCCGCCAAGCUCAAGGACAUCUCCGAGACCAUCUCCAAGACCCGCGCCGUGCAGACCAAGACCGUCGUCUUCGACCUCGCGCUCGUCGCCACCCCUCAAGGGGACGAGGCGGUGCGGCGGCUCCGGGAGGCCGUGGAGGGGCUGGACGUGGGGGUGCUGGUGAACAACGCCGGGGUGGCCAAGCCAUGCGCGCUGUACGUGCACGAGGUGGACGUGGAGGCGUGGGUCCGGAUGAUGCGGGUGAAUCUGUGGGCGCUGACGGAGGUGACGGCCGCCGUGCUGCCGGGGAUGGUGCAGCGGGGCAGGGGCGCCGUCGUCAACAUAGGCUCCGGGUCGUCGGAGGCCAUCCCUUCCUUCCCCCUCUACACCAUCUACGCCGCUUCCAAACGGUACGUUGCUCAGUUCUGCCGGAGCCUCUACGUGGAGUACAGAAGCAAAGGGAUCGAUGUGCAAUGCCAGGCCCCGCUGUUGGUGCAGACGAAGAUGACGUCGAUAGUCGCGGGGCCCGGCAAGCGACGCCGUUGCCUGCUGCAGCGGCUCCACGUGCCGACGUCGGAGGAGUACGCGCGCGCGGCGGCGCGCUGGAUCGGGCACGGCCCGCUCUGCAUGCCCAACCUGGGCCACCGGCUCCAGUGGCGCCUCUGCCGCGUCGUGCCGGACCGGCUCCUCGACGCGCAGCGCCUGCGCGAGAACCUGCGGCAGAGGGCCGUCUUCCAGCGGCUCCGGUCGCCGAGGGCGCCGUCCCACGCCAACGGCGGCGAGCAGAGCUAGCUUGGCCCAGGCUGCGCGCCUGCAUACUUUGUGUUGGUGCAUACUUUGGGUGGUAGUACUGUGUAUGAUUUGACAUGUACUAUCUGUGAGCCGCGGUUUGGUUGAAGUCGCCGUUGAUGCGCGCGCAGCUGAUGCCUACCUGUAUCCACUUUUCUGUUGACUGCAAUGUCCUUGAAUUAAACGGUUCCUGGCCAGAUACUUUACGUCAAUGCCAAGCAAAUCGACUUCUUACCAGGGAUCCAA